AUGCGACUCGUUAUACUAUAUUCGGCAUUUGUUCUGCUCUUAACAAUACCUAUCAAUGGUCAAACACUGUAUCCAACAACAAGCGGUAGUGUUGGUGCUGUUUACACGAUGUCAAAUGCCGCAAGUAUGAAUCAAAUAUUGAUUCAUUCGUUGAAUUCAACUGGUCAAUUAACAUUGACGAAUUCAGUGAAUACCAAUGGAACUGGCGUCAAUACUACAGCAGGAGAUCCUCUAUUCUCGCAAGGAGCUCUUGGAGUUUAUUCAAAUUAUUUGUUUGCUGUCAAUCCAGGAUCAAAUUCCUUGUCGAUGUUUAUGCUUAGUUCAUCCGAUGCAACACAAGUGAUUUUAAUAUCAGUUCAACCUACAUAUGGUGUGUUUCCAGUUUCAGUCGCUGUUAAUAAUAUGUAUGCAUGUGUUUUAACUGGUGGCAGUAUGACAGGUAUUCGUUGUUAUACUUAUAAUUCAUCUGGAUUAUUCAUUGUAACAUCAUUUGAUCGAAAUCUUACAUCGAUCCUAUCACAAAGUGUUCCACCGAGUGGUCCGCGACAAACAUUCAGUCAAAUUCUUUUCUCAGCAGACAAUAUGGCUUUGAUCAUCUCGAUGAAAGGAUUUAAUGCGACAUCAGCAGGUUCUCUCUUGUUCUAUACAUUGAACAGCGACAAAACGGUGUUAGCUGCAAAUCCAAUACAAAUGACACCGACUGGUGGUAUCUUACCGUUUUCCAUGACUCUUGUCGGCAUGAAUGGCCUGUUGAUUACUGAUCCAGGUGCUGCAGGUGUUUUAACAAUGACUUAUUCAUCAGCAAAUGGGACGAUAAGUAACAGUAUGUUAACACCAGUUAAUACAACACUUGCUAGUGCACUAUGUUGGUCAACAUAUUCACCAAAUCUUGGAAAUUACUAUGCGAUUGGCGCAGGAACAGUCACUAUUGUUGAGCUUACUCUCAAUCUCACUUCGACUUCGAACCCAGUUCAAAUUAUUCAAUAUUAUCAAUUACCAAACAACACUGGGGCACUCGAAGCAACAGUUGUAAGUCUAGCAGGUACAGAUUAUCUAUACGUUAUAGGUACUACAGCACAUGUCAUCACUGGUUAUCAACUAAAGGCAGCUGGUCAAGCGAUGGCCAAUGGAAUGGUCACAUCACAACUGGGUGAUACUACAAGCAUCCCGAAACUGGCCGGUAUAGCGGCAUUUGUUAAUACGAAAUCAUCCAAAUCGCUGGCAACGUCUGUCUUUGUGUCAACAAAAAUGGUGAUAGUACUUUUCAUUGUCUCUUUGUUCAUGCUAUAA